AAUUCCUGGAAGUCGAUGGAUUGCUUAGUACUGGUAAUGAUGUCGUAAGAUAUAUUGAGGAAAAUAUUGAUCCUAUAGAUGUCGCUUUGGUUUUUAUAUGCUUUAUGAUGUGUUAUCUUGUCCGCAAACGCCGUCAACUGAAUAGAAGGCUAAUAAAAGAACUGGCAAUUAUGAAAGUGACAUGUAUUCAGAAUGAUAAAGUUAUUUCUGGCUUACAACCAUAUCUUGAAGAUUGUCGAAGUAAGAACUCUAUAAUUGAGAUGCCACUACGAAGGCUUGCCAGAUCUUGUGGAAAACUUGUUAAAGACGUGGAUCAACAGAUGGUGGAGAUUAAUGAGUUGUCUUCCCAAUUUUCUCGUUUUAAGAAAGAUUGGAAGCAACAGGCAACUCCUUAUAAUGAAAUUUCAUUGAGCAAGAUGUUGGCUAAUGUUGAAGAAGCUAAAAUCCAUGCUGAGCUUAAAAAGCUUAAAAUGUUUAUAGAGAGUGAGUUGAAAUCAGUCAGGUCUGUAAUGGGAUACAAUAAGUAUUUGUUGGAUCAAGCUGAAGAUGAUGUUGACAGAUUGCUGAUUGCUGAAGGCUUGUAAAAAGAAGCUAGUAUUGUUACGAGCAUAAGAAGGUAGACAUGUGAUCCCUGGCUGUGGUGUGGAGAGAGGAAAUGAAGAAAACAUUUUUUUCAAUUUU